UGAAAUCUUAUCAAAUGAAAUUAAAGGUAUUGUUGAUAGAUUUCCUCAAGAUAACGAUGAUGGUUUUGAUGCUGAACCUGGAUUUCUUGCUCCAGCAAUAAUUAAUGAAGCAAAUAUUCGAUUAAAUGAGGAAGAACAUCAAUUAUUAAAAUUGGGACCCAAAUUUAUAUUUAAUGACCCCAAAACAGCUGCUCGACGACGUACAAUUGAGCUGGCUGCUCUUCGUCGAAAAAUAGAAAAUUGUUUUUUUCGAAAGAAAGUGAGCCCCGGUCGUCCUCUUCAACAAUUUAUGGCUGAAUUAGAUGUUCUUCUUCAAACGUUACAUAAUAUUCCAAUAAUAGAUAAAUAUUUAAAUAAAAAUGCAUUAAUUGACAAUAAUACAAAUCAAAAUAAAAAUGUUUUAGAAAUUAUAAAUAGUCAAUUGUCUCAAUCACAAAUUGUUAAUAUAAUUAAAAUUAAGAAAAAGAAAAAUUAUGGUAGACUGGUAAAACGAUUGAAGCAUAAAUUUAAAUUGGCAAAUGUCGUAUUACAGAAAUCAGACAAAUCAAAAGUAUUCCAUUUAGGUAAAUUAGAAGAUUAUCGUAAGAAAUCUGAAGAGUAUAUGGCUAAAACUGAAGCAUAUAAAUGCUUAGGUACUAAUGACCCAUUACCAGAUUUAAUUCAAAGAACCAAUAAAUACUUAUUGGAUCUAAGAUUAGCUAAAUGGAUUACUCAAAAACAAUAUGAAAAAUUAUGUAUUAACCCAUGUGAAGUCGACCUGGCCCAUUUAUAUUAUUUACCGAAAGCCCAUAAGCCAGGUACUCCUCUUCGUCCAAUAGUUUCUGGUCUUAAACAUCCUACUAUCAAAAUAUCGAAAUUUCUUGAUGAAGUAUUAAGACCAUUAUUUGAUAAAAUGACUGUAAAAACAACCGUAAAUUCUGGUUUUGAAUUAAUAAAACAGUUAUUAGAAUGGUCAAAGAUAAAGAUGCGUCAAGAAACAUUAUUUUGUACAAUUGAUGUGAUGGAUCUGUAUACAAUGGUGCCACAAGCUGAAGGAGUAUUAUCAUUAAAAAAGAUGUUAGAUCAUUUAAAAUUAAAAUGUAUUAAUGGGUUAACAAUUGAAACAAUUAUUAGAUUAAGUCGAUUUGUAAUGCAAAAUAAUUCUUUUUCUUAUGAUGGCCAAUAUUAUCAGCAAAUUCGAGGAGGAGCUAUGGGUUCUCCCCUUACCUUAACAGUCGCCAAUUGUUACAUGUUCUUUUAUGAACAACAAAUUGUAAAGCAAAUACAUAACAGUGGCGGACUUUAUUUUAGGUAUAUUGAUGAUAUUUUUAUUGUAAUAAAUUGGCCUGCCCGACAUUUAUUGAAGCAAAUUGACAAAUGGAAUCAUUUUGAUGAAAACAUUAAAUUAUCUGAAAAUAUAGGUGUAACGGCCGAUUUUCUAGAUUUACAUAUAGAAAAUCGAGAUGGUGAAUUAUUUACAACUGUUUAUCAAAAACCAUCAUAUGAGCCGUAUUACCUACCACUUAGUAGUAUUCAUCCGUUGCAUAUGAAGAAGAAUAUAAUUUUUACUAUGUUACUCCGUGCUAUACGAUAUUGCUGA